UGUAACUUUACCCCGCAAUCUCGUGUGAUAUUGUGUUCUCUUUAGAGACGGCUCGUCUCUUUCUUUCCCCCACUUAUUCUACUCACUUUCCGACCAAUCCGAACCGUCCUCCCAGAGGACGCAAUCUCCUACUUCAGUGGUGACCACCGCAGGGGGUAUUCUUUUUCUUGGUUUUCCGAGAUCGUGAGUUCUCUCUGCCGCUUCGUUGUUAAUGAAUUUUCUAUAGGACCCGUAUUAUCAUGUCCGACCCAGCAGCCGUAUCAUCUGCCUCGCCCUCCCCUUCUGGCAACUUGGGAGUCGCUUCAGUUUCUUUGACCGAUGUUUCGACCCCUCCCACCACCAAUGUCUCUCAUGCUGCCGGCAUACCGAGCAACAUGAUUGUCCCUGUUCCUAUGCCUAUUCCCGGGACGCAGAAUGCGCCCCAUUUCAAUGGUAAGUUCGCUACUGACUUCCUUAACAGGAUUCUGCUUCACGGGAAAGCCGCCGGGUUCAUGGAUACGGACAGGAACAUGCUCGUCGACUACAUCUACCACUAUUCGUCUGACUUGAUCAAAGAAAGUAUCUGUUACCUUCCGGAAUUCGAUAUCGAGCUCCCGAACAAGACGUGGCAGGCCGCGGUUGAGCAACUCACCUCUAUGUUGUCAGGCCUGAUUUGAUUACCCCAUUGAAUUCCCUUUUUGAUUUCUUCCUCUUAUGCGCUCAUAUUUUGGACCCAUACUCAUGGACCCAUACUUCCUUAACAGUAUCGUUACUAUCCGCAUAGCCUCCUUUUAUACAUACUUACUAAGUUUGGGAGGUUUUUCACGUUUCCGUUUGGUUGUUUGGUAU